AUGAUCGCUUCUGUGCCGAACAUCAAGACCGAGGUAGGAGCAGUAGAAAACAAUGCCGUUGAGGAACAAAUCUAUAGAAUCGUCCAAUCUGCCGUUGACGGCAUGGACACGGACACCAUCACUACCCUGACCGCUGCAAUAUCAGCUUUAGAUCGGCAGUGUCGAAAAGGCUCGUCAUCGCGAAAACAAUCAGGUGGAGCUCUUCGGUUGAAAGUCAACACAAAUACGCAGUUGUCCGGAGCCACUGAGGAAGAGCAGGCUAUAUUUACUCUGAUAGAGGAUUCGAAGCGAAAAGGCAUUUGGAUUCGAGAGUUACGGGAUGGAUCGGGACUGUCACAAAUUCAGCUUCGUAAAGUUCUGAAGUCACUUGAGCAGAAGAAACUUAUCAAAAACAUAAAAGCUGUCGGCACAACAAAGAAAUGCUACAUGCUUUACGAUUUGGAACCGGAUACUUCACUAACAGGAGGAACGUUCUAUUCGGAUCAGCAGUUGGACUCCGAACUAAUUCACACGCUGGUAAAUGUGUGCAUCGGUUACAUUCACAGUCGUCGUAAGCAGGCCAUCGACAACCAUCCGGACGAUAUAUCCAUGCAAAAAGAGCUCAGUUGUGUCCGUUCUCAAGAGGUAGCAGAUUUUAUAUUGGAAAAGCGGGUUUUGAACGUUACCAUCAAUGUUGAAGACGUUGAACGAAUUCUCGAGGUGGCUAUAUUAGAUGGUGCUAUAGAACGGCGUCCCGAUGGAAAAGUAAGCUCUACAUUUACCACAACAGCUUUUCAGAUUUUGCGCAAGAUCUUCAUGACACCUCAGUGA